UCCCCUCAGACUUCGGGAGCAAGAAAGAAGUAUAGACGGAUUAUGUAUGUGUUAUUAAGAGAGAGAGAGAGAGAGAGAGAGAGAGAGAGAGAGAGAGAGAGAAAAGAGAAAAGAGAGUUGUAUUUGUGGACAAGCUUAUUGUAAAAGUGAGCGUGUAUGAUUCUGGAUGUGUGUGUUUCAGUGUAUGAAAGGGUAGAUGAAUGAAGAGUUUGAUGCACACAAAGACAUGCACUCCCUGAUUUGUCAGACACACCCUGAAGAUUAUUAGUGAAGAACACCAGGAGCAAGGGAUUCCCUUAAAGUGAAAGAGAGUGAGAGAGAGAGAGAGAAAGAGAGAGAGAGAGAGAGACAAAGAGACAAAAGAAAGAGAGAAGGAUGAGGUACCGCCGCAGGGACGUUGGAGAAGGUGGUGUAAGGUUAGUCAUGGAGAGCACUCUCUCUGCAAGAGAUCGGGUCGGUGUACAAGACUUCUUGUUCUUGGAGAAUUACAACAGCGAAGCAGCCUUCAUUGAAAACCUGCGGAGACGGUACAGAGAGGGUCUCAUAUAUACAUAUAUUGGAUCAGUGUUGGUGUCCGUGAAUCCUUACAGAGAAUUGCAGAUUUACUCCAAACAGAACAUGGAGCGCCACAGAGGAGUCAAUUUCUAUGAGAUCUCGCCUCAUAUUUUUGCCUUGGCGGAUAAUUCAUACCGUGCACUGCGGACUGAGAGAAGAGAUCAGUGUAUUCUGAUUUCAGGAGAGAGUGGUGCUGGAAAAACUGAGGCCUCCAAAAAAAUUCUGCAGUACUUCACACACAUCUGUCCCACCCGCAACAACUCAAACACUAUUAGAGAGAGACUUUUGCAGUCCAACCCAGUACUGGAGGCGUUUGGGAAUGCCAAAACUCUCCGGAAUGACAACUCGAGUCGUUUUGGGAAAUACAUGGACAUUCAGUUUGACUAUAAGGGUGCUCCAAUUGGAGGUCACAUUCUUAGCUACCUGCUAGAGAAAUCCCGAGUGGCCCAUCAGAACCAUGGCGAGAGAAACUUCCACAUCUUCUAUCAGCUACUGGAGGGUGGAGAGGAUCCUCUUUUGAAGAGACUUGGUUUGGAGAAAACCAACCCACAACACUAUCAUUACCUAGUAAAGGGUAACUGUCCACGGGUGAGCACUAUCAAUGACAAGAAUGGUUGGAAAGUUGUUAGAAAUGCUCUUACCAUCAUUGGCUUUCAUGAGGAUGAGAUACAGGAACUGAUGGAGAUUGUGGCCAGUGUUCUACAUCUGGGUAACACACAAUUUGGUGAGGAUGAGAUGGGAGAGACACAUGUCACCACUGAGCCUCAGCUUAAAUACCUGUCCCAGCUGCUGGGUGUGGAUGGGUCAAUUCUGAAAGAAGCUCUUACACACAAGAAAAUUGUUGCCAAAGGGGAGGAGAUGAUCAGUCCCUUAAGUUUUGAACAGGCUCUCUCUGCCCGAGACUCAUUGGCAAAAGCCAUAUAUGGUCGUGCCUUUACCUGGCUUGUCCAGAAGUUAAACCAAUCAUUGGCCUUUAAGGAUGAGGUCUACUACUCCAGCAAAUGUUCUUCUGUUAUUGGUUUGUUGGACAUAUAUGGAUUUGAGGUCUUUCAACACAACAGUUUUGAGCAGUUUUGUAUUAAUUACUGCAAUGAGAAACUGCAGCAACUGUUUAUUGAGCUCACACUGAAAAGUGAACAGGAGGAGUACGAGGCUGAAGGCAUUGUGUGGGAGAAAGUGGAAUAUUUCAACAACAAAAUCAUCUGUGACCUGGUGGAGGAGAAACAUAAAGGCAUUAUUGCCAUUUUGGAUGAGGAGUGCUUAAGACCAGGAGAUGCCAGUGACAUCACCUUUCUGGAGAAGCUGGAGGACACACUGGGGGCCCAUGCCCAUUUUGUCACUCAUAAAAUGGCCAAUGGGAAGAUUCGCAAGGCAAUUGGGCGUGAGGAAUUUAGGCUGGUUCACUAUGCUGGAGAGGUCAACUACAAUACCAGUGGGUUUCUCGACAAAAAUAGUGACCUGCUGUACAGACACCUGAAGGAGGUUAUGUGUCGGUCAGGAAAUCACAUCAUGAGUCAGUGUUUCCAUGUGGAUGAGUUGAUAGAUCAGAGAAGACCAGAGACGGCUGCCACACAGUUUAAGCUCAGUUUGGCUAAACUGAUGGAGAUACUGAUGUCUAAGGAACCAGCGUAUGUCCGCUGUAUAAAGCCCAAUGAUGCCAAACAGCCAGGUAGGUUUGAUGAUGUUUUGGUCAGGCAUCAGGUGAAGUAUUUGGGUUUGAUGGAGAAUCUGAGAGUGAGGAGAGCUGGAUUUGCAUACAGGAGAAACUAUGAGGCGUUCUUAGAGAGGUAUAAGUCUCUGUGUCCAGACACUUGGCCAAACUGGCAUGGUGAACUGUCAGAGGGAGUCGCCAUUCUUGUCAAACACCUCAACUACAAACCUGAGGAAUUCAAAUUGGGCAGGUCCAAAAUCUUUAUCCGCUUCCCACAGACUCUAUUUGUUACUGAGGAUGCACUUGAAGCCCAGAAACAAACAGUCGCCGUAACUCUUCAAACUUCUUGGCGGGGCUACAGGGAGCGAGCCAAGUACCACCUCAUUCGACAAGCAGCCUAUGUUUUUGUCUUAUUUAACUUGCAGUCAUGGUGGAGAGGAGUCAAAGGACGCAGGAAAGCCCAGCGUCGUAGACAAGCGGCCGACACUAUUCGCAAGUUCAUCAAAGGCUUCAUCCUGCGCAAUGAGCCUCGUUGCCCUGACAACGAGUACUUCCUGGACCACGUGCGCUUCUCUUACUUGAUGAAAGUGAAACGGAAUCUGCCAAAGAGUGUGCUUGACAAGAGCUGGCCAAGACCACCGCCUUCACUCACUGAGGCGUCUGAGCACCUUCACAGAAUCUGCAUGCGCAACCUAGUCAAGGACUACUGCAGGAAAAUCCAGCCAGAGUGGAAGAAUCAGUUGGAACAGAAGGUUGUAUCCAGUGCGAUCUUUAGGGGUCAGAAAGACUGCUACCCUCAAAGUGUUCCCAAACUUUUCGUAGCCACUAGGCUAGAGACUGAAGAGAUAAACCUCAAAGUACUGCAAACUCUUGGGAAUGACAAGGUGAAGUAUGGUGUAGUAGUCACUAAGUAUGAUCGUCAUGGUUUCCGGGCACGUGUGCGUCAGCUGCUGUUGACCACCUCAUCUGCUGUGCUGGUCCAGGAAGCAAAAAUCAAACAACGCAUCGACUACAGCGCAUUGCUUGGUAUCUCUGUUAGUUCCCUCAGCGACGGGUUCUUUGUUUUGCAUAUUCCCACAGCUGACAGUAAACAGAAGGGUGACCUGGUGCUGCAAUGUGAUCAUGUGAUUGAGACCGUCACCAAGCUGGCUAUCAUGAUGGACAAGAUACACAUAGUCAACAUCAGUCAGGACAGUAUCAGGUUUGCCAUCGCGAGGGGAAAGGAGGGAGUGAUAGAUUUCACCAGUGGUUCAGAUCUGCGAGUGAUCAAGACCAAGAAUGGACACCUGUCUGUGACUAGCCCACGAAUCUCAUGAUCAGCCAAUGAAAGCUCACCUGCAGGAGGGGUCUGUAGCAGUGGACUAAUCAUUUCAUAUGAGUGCUUUAGCCAAUCACUACACAGAGCCACGCACUACACAGCCAGAUUACACUUUUUAUGCAUAGGUUAAAUCCAAAGCCACAUAUCAGUAAGUACAUACACUGCCUGACCAUAAAAAUUGCAUACUUUUAUAUUUCGUUGGACCGCCUUUAGCGUGCAUUCGUCGUGGCAUUGUUUCAAUGACCUUAUUCAACAUCACAACAUUUAUUUCCAUCCAGAGUUGCAUUUAUUUUUGGCAGUGAUCUUGUAUUGAUGACGGGACAGUCAAACCACUCUUUAAAGUCUUCUCCAGCACAUCUCAAAGACUUUCAAUGGAGUUAAGGUCAGGACUCUGUGGUGGCCAAUUCAUGUGUGAAAAUGAUUCCUUGUGCUCCCUGAACCACUCUUUCACAAUUUGAGCCCGAUGAAUCUUGGCAUUGUCAUCCUGAAAUAUGCUUGUGCCAUAAGGAAAGAAAAAAAAUCCAUUGUUGGGAUAACCUGGUCAUUUAGUACAUUCAGGUAGUCAGCUGACUUCUUUUUAUUGCCGCAUAAUGAUACUGAGGCUAGACCUGACUAGUUAAAGCAACCCCAGAUCAUAACAUUGCCUCCGGAGGCUUGUACAGUGGGCAUUAUGCAUUAUGACAGGUGCAUCGCUUUAUGCUCUUCCCUUCUUACCCUUACCCUUCCCUUCUCUCCCUUCUUGCCCAACGCUUUGGAACAGGGUAAAUCUGGACACAUCAGACCUUUUUCCAUUGCUCCACAGUCCAGUCUUUAUGCUCUCUAGCUAAUUGAAGUCGUGUUUUCCAAUUAGCCUCACUAACAAGUGGCUUUUUUGUGGCUACACAGCUGUUUUAGUCACAAUCCUGUAAGUAUUGUCACAUUGUGCAUAUGGAAAUGCACUUACUUUAACUAUUAAACAUAGCUUUGAGUUUUACUGAUGAUUUUUUACAAUGUGACUUCAAGCGUUUUAAUGAUCUCCGAUCACAAUCAUUCAAGAUUUUUUUCUGACCACAUUUCUUCUGCGAAUCUGACGGUUCACCACUAUCUCUCCAGGUUUCAAUAAUGCAUCAGUUAGGGUUAAAAUAACUGCAAUAAUGAUCCAAUCAAACGCUCUUAAGUAUCUUAUUUUUUAAAUCCAAACGAUGACUUUUUUUUGGCCAGGCAGUGUAUUAAAAUGCAUUUAAAAUCACUAAAUUUUAAUACUUAACUUGCAAUAAGAUUUUGGUAACAUUUUAAUGACUUUGUGAGCAAUUUAAUAUUUUCUCUCAGCUGGUCAAUCAAAUUAAUUUGUUUUACUUUAAUUAUGUCAUAAAUCUUUUAAUUCAAAUAUACUAAAAAAUGUUUAUUAAUGAUCUAAUUAGUUAGAUCUUAAUCUUGCAAGAUUUAAAAUAACAAUAGCUGGCACAGUGCUCUACAUUCUACUGUAUUAAAAAAGAUUUUAAUGCUCAAAGUUCCAAAGUAUUUGUGAGUAAUUUGAAAAAAGGCUUUUGAUUUUCAAUAUUGAAUGCAAUGGCCAAUAAGCAAUAUGAAGACCUGUUAUGCAGAGAGGCUAGUGGUUUGUGUCAUGUUCACUGUUGUCUUUUGUUUUUGUGCUUUUAUGUUGAAGUUUAGUUUAGUUCCUGUUUCCUGUUUGGUUUUUGUAGUCCUUUGUAGUUUCAUUUUAUGAUUGGUUUUCCCCUGAUUAGUUCUCCUUCCCUGAUUGUUUCCCCAGGUGUUCCUCAUUCCCUUGUUUGUUCCUUUUGUGUAUAUAAGCCCUUUUAGUUUCCUUGUUUCCUUGUUACAAACAAUCAGAGAACGAGAACCAAUCAUAAAAUGAAACUACAAAGG